ACACCCAGUGCGGCUUCUGGUCCGCUCACCCUGUAGAGGGUGCUCUGGCUAGGCGGCAGGUCUAGCAGCCUUGCGUGCCUGUGACUCAGCACGCCUGUGACGAGUCACGUAGCCUGAACUUUGGCGGUUGGCGUGGUGGUGAGCGGACCUGUUCUACUCUCGGUGAGGAAAGCGGGACCCUGUGACGGACAAAAGAGGCGGGCGAGGAGGCCAGGACUGAGCUAGGACUCAAGGAGGACUGAGCCGGGAGGUGAAGGGCGGACUUGGUAGCGGCGGCAGCUUUUAGCUGUUGUGGCUGUCGCAAGGCAGCGUCUUCUUCAGUGAGGUGGUUGGUUGACUAGGCCUCGGCAGCCAUGGCUGUGGACUUUGGGGACCAUGCCAGUGGCUUUCGCCACAUCGAUGUAAUCAGGUUCAUCAACAAUGAGGUCCUCUUGAACGGGGGUGGCCCUGAAUUCUACGUGGCCUUCCGCUCGCGACCCUGGAGUGAGGUAGAGGAUCAGCUGCAAAUCGUGGUUGCUGACCCGCGGGUGCCACGCACCAUCAAGAGGGCCUGUGCCUGGAGCGCGCUGGCGUUGAGCGUGCGUGUGGGGGCGAGGCAGUGGGAGCAGCAGGCGCACCGUAUCAGGCGGCUCCAGGAGCAGGUAGGGGAGCGUGAGGCGGCUUCCUGGGCCCUGGCCAACGAGCUGAAGCACCUCCGUGAGGAGCGUGAGGAGGCGGCAGUGCAUCUACGAGGCACACGGGUCGCCCUGAAGCAGGUGAUAGAUGAGCGAGAUAUGUUGCGCGGGCGACUGCUCCAGCUUGAGAGAUCGGCCCAGCUAGCACCUGUGGCACAUGAAAUGCUGCCUGGGCCUGGAGCUGAGCAGCUUGGAGCUACAGCAUGGCCCAUGAAUGUACCAGAGCACAGCAAGAUGGUGGCUCUGGGAGCACAGGGCAUGCCACAUUCAGAGAGUCAGAUGGCAGCCCCGGCAGCUGUGGUUUAUGUCCCCGGACCCCAGAGCUCCUUUGCCCAGGCAAUGCAACCCCUUCCACCAAUGCCGGUGCCACAUCCAUUGCCAUUCCCAGUGGGAUUCCCGUAUGUGACACCUUUACCACCUUCAGCAGUUGUGGAAGGGGGAGCAGUCACGGCAGCAGCAGUACCAGUAGCAGUCGCACCCCAGAUGCCUCCCCUGGGGAUCUACCCACCUGGUCAGUGGGCUGCAGUGGGGGCCCAGAAAGAGAUGGCCCCACCAUAUGACCAGAGUUUCUAUGCCCAGGAAUAUUCUGACAACCUCCAGGGGGAAUAUGCCCAGGAGGCCUGCAGAAGCCACAGCCAAGAGGAAGGUGCUAUGUGUCCCCAGGGGAUGUCCUCCCUGGGGGGCAGCAGAAGCUACAGCCAAGAGGAGGGUGCUCUGUGUCCCCCGGCAAUGUGCCCCCUGGUGGACAGCAGAAGCUACAGCCGAGAGGAAGGUGCUGUGUGUCCCCAGGUGAUGUGCCCCCUGGUGGACAGCAGAAGCUACAGCCGAGAGGAAGGUGCUGUGUGUCCCCAGGCGAUGUGCCCCCUGGUGGACAGCAGAAGCUACAGCCGAGAGGAAGGUGCUGUGUGUCCCCAGGCGAUGUGCCCCCUGGUGGACAGCAGAAGCUACAGCCGAGAGGAAGGUGCUGUGUGUCCCCAGGCGAUGUGCCCCCUGGUGGACAGCAGAAGCUACAGCCGAGAGGAAGGUGCUGUGUGUCCCCAGGCGAUGUGCCCCCUGGUGGACAGCAGAAGCUACAGCCGAGAGGAAGGUGCUGUGUGUCCCCAGGCAAUGUGCCCCCUGGUGGACAGCAGAAGCCACAGCCGAGAGGAAGAUGCUGUGUGUCCCCAGGGGAUGUCCUCCCUGGGGAACAGCAGAAGCCACAGCCGAGAAGAAGGUGCUGUGUGUCCCCAGGGGAUGUGCUCCCUGGGAAGCAGCAGAAGCCACAGCCGAGAGGAAGGUGCUGUGUGUCCCCAGGCGAUGUCUUCCCUGGGAGGCAGCAGAAGCCACAGCCGAGAGGAAGGUGCUGUGUGUCCCCAGGGGAUGUCUUCCCUGGGGGGCAGUAGAAGCCACAGCCGAGAGGAAGAUGUUGUGUGUCCCCAGGGGAUGUCCCCCCUGGGGGUCAGCAGAAGCCACAGCCGAGAGGAAGGUGCUGUGUGUCCCCAGGGGAUGUCUUCCCUGGGGGUCAGUAGAAGCCACAGCCGAGAGGAAGGUGCUAUGUGUCCCCAGGCGAUGUCUUCCCUGGGAGACAGCAGAAGCCACAGCCGAGAGGAAGGUGCUGUGUGUCCCCAGGGAAUGUCCUCCCUGGGGGACAGCAGAAGCCACAGCCGAGAGGAAGGUGCUGUGUGUCCCCAGGGGAUGUCCUCCCUGGGGGUCAGCAGGAGCCACAGCCGAGAGGAAGAUGCUGUGUAUCCCCAGGCGAUGUCCUCCCUGGGGGACAGCAGAAGCCAGAGCCAAGAGGAAGGUGCUGUGUGUCCCCAGGGGAUGUGCUCCCUGGGAAGCAGCAGAAGCCACAGCCGAGAGGAAGGUGCUGUGUGUCCCCAGGCGAUGUCUUCCCUGGGAGACAGCAGAAGCCAGAGCCAAGAGGAAGGUGCUGUGUGUCCCCAGGGGAUGUCCUCCCUGGGGGUCAGCAGAAGCCACAGCCGAGAGGAAGAUGCUGUGUAUCCCCAGGGGAUGUCCUCCCUGGGGGACAGCAGAAGCCAGAGCCAAGAGGAAGGUGCUGUGUGUCCCCAGGGGAUGUCCUCCGUGGGGGUUAGCAGAAGCCAGAGCCAAGAAGAAGAUGCUGUAUGUCCCCAGGGGAUGUCCUCCGUGGGGAAAAGCAGAAGCCACAGUGGCGAGGAAGGUGUUGUGUGUCCCCAGGUGAUGUCUUCCAGCCACAGCCUAGAGGAAGAUGCUGUGUGUCCCCAGGGGAUGUCUUCCAUGGGGGGCAGGAGAAGCCACAGCAGAGAGGAAAGUGCUAUGUGUCCCCAGGGAAUGUCUUCCCUGGGGGGCAGCAGAAGCCACAGCCGAGAGGAAGGUGCUGUGUGCCCCCAGGGGAUGUCCUCCAUGGGGGACAGCAGAAGGCACAGCCAAGAGGAAGGUGCUGUGUGUCCCCAGGAGAUGUCCUCCAUGGGGGUCAGCAGAAGCCACAGCCAAGAGGAAGGUGCUGUGUGUCCCCAGGCGAUGUCUUCCCUGGGAGACAGCAGAAGGCACAGCCGAGAGGAAGAUGCUGUGUGUCCCCAGGCGAUGUCUUCCCUGGGAGACAGCAGAAGCCAUAGCCGAGAGGAAGGUGCUGUGUGUCCCCAGGAGAUGUCCUCCAUGGGGGUUAGCAGAAGCCAGAGCCAAGAGGAAGAUGCUGUGUGUCCCCAGGGGAUGUCCUCUGUGGGGAACAGCAGAAGCCACAGUGGAGAGGAAGGUGUUGUGUGUCCCCAGGUGAUGUCUUCCAGCCACAGCCGAGAGGAAGAUGCUGUGUGCCCCCAGGGGAUGUCCUCCAUGGGGGUCAGCAGAAGCCAGAGCCGAGAGGAAGGUGCUGUGUGUCCCCAGGAGAUGUCCUCCGUGGGGGUCAACAGAAGCCACAGCCAAGAGGAAGGUGCUGUGUGUCCCCAGGCGAUGUCUUCCCUGGGAGACAGCAGAAGCCACAGCCGAGAGGAAGAUGCUAUGUGUCCCCAGGGGAUGUCCUCCCUGCGGGUCAGCCGAAGCUAUAGCCGAGAGGAAGGUGCUGUGUGUCCCCAGGAGAUGUCCUCCCUGCACGACAGUAGAAGCCAGAGCCGAGAGGAAGGUGCUGUGUGUCCCCAGGGGAUAUCCUCCAUGGGGGGCAACAGAAGCCACAGCCAUGAAGAAGGCCAUGUUUGUCCCCAGGGAACAGCGCCCCAGGGAGACAGCAGGAGCCACAGCCAAGAAGAAGGCUCUGUUUGUCCCCAGGGGCCAGCGCCCCAGGGAGACAGCAGGAGCGACAGCCAAGAAGAAGGCCCUGUUUGUCCCCAGGGGCCAGUGCCCCAGGGAGACAGCAGGAGCCGCAGCCAAGAAGAAGGCCCUGUUUGUCCCCAGGGGCCAGCGCCCCAGGGAGACAGCAGGAGCCACAGCCAGAAGGAAUGUCCAGUGAUGCCCCAGGAGAAGUACUCCAUGGGCAGCAGCAAGAUCCCCAAACAAGAAGGUCCAGAGAGGCCCCAGGGGGCAUGUACCUCGGGGUCCAGCACAAGUCAUGGUGUGAGAAAAAGCCCAAAGAAACAGGAGCAAAAGGCCAAGCAACCAAAAGAGAAAAAAUCCUCAGAUUUUCAGCAUCAGCAGAAACCUGAUACACACUCCAAUCAAAAUAGUUGGGAGUGCCUGCGUUGUAAAGCAGUGAAUUUUCCAUGGCGCAAGUCCUGCUAUAAAUGCAAGAAAGUCUGCAGGGCAGUUGAGAGUGGAGACCCGGAUCCAGGACAAGCUUACUGAUUUCAGGAAGUUUUAUAGGUAGGGGCUCAUUUUUGUCUCUGAGCCACACGGAAUUUGCCUGUUGCUGAAGAAUCCAAACCUAUCCCAUUUAGAAGAUCUUCCAAGAUCCUAAAGAAAUCACACUUCAUUUCUGACUGACCUACACCUCAGUGAGACCUCCCGGCUGGAUGAAACUAAGAAGAAUAAGAAGUCAGGGAAGAAGAGAUGCUUUGGGACUUAUUAGAGGGAAGAGGGAUACAAAAUAAUUUUGUUAGGAUUUAAUUUCUCUUUUGAUAUGGAAUUAUUUCAGAAGUGUUGGGGGGGUGAGUUUGCAGUGUUAAAUUCUAUAGAUGAUAGCAAAUUUGAUGGAUUUCAUUUAAUUAGACAAAUAGUUAUUGAUUGUCUAGUAUAUGAUGGGAGGUAGAAUUAUAUGGUAUUAUCUAGUGUACACAAAUCUUUUUGGUGAGUUCGGUUAGAUGACAGGGGAGAGCAUAAUUUGAGAUAUAUUAUAGAUUAGAGGUGACUUUGUUUUGCAUGUCAUGUGGUCUUUGGGUAAACCCAGUUGAAAUAGCAUCCAGGUAUUUCUGUAGUUCUGGGGGCAAGAUCAAAGACAUUUUUGUGGAUGGACUUGAUUUCCCAACUGUUCAUCUUGUUGGUCCCAGAUGACACAAAUGAGUAGUGGCAAAGAGCGGGAAAGUGUCCUCACAAAAGUUCAGGCAGGACUUUUCUGAUAGUGUCCUGAUUUCCUCCCUCGAGAGGGACAAUUAGUUUCCUGGUUGCCUGAAAGACCAGCCACCAUCCCAAGUCCCUUUCCAGCCAGUGGAUGAAGAACAAAAUGUAUUCCAAAGACAGACAUCAUGCUGUGGAUGGUGCGUCUCUUGGGAGGACUAAUUGGAUUAAAAGUAGAACUGGACUGGGAUAAGUACUCUUGAGAAUGCCCUGCUCCCCUGAGGCAGCUGCUGCAAGCCAGGGGGAGCCAGGGUGGAGCCCAGGGGCUGGAAAGUCAGAUCAGUCUCCAGUCUGAACAAGAGGUGUCCUGGAGUUCUCCCAGGAGGUUCCAGCUCACCAGGCUCGGGCUCUGUCAGAGGUUUUCUGU